UGUUGAGGCGUGAAGCCGGACGGGGCGGAGCAGCCCUUUAUUGGCCGCCAUCUUGGAAUCGGGCACAAAGUAGCAUUUCAAGGAGGGCGUGGCUUCAUAAAUUUUCAAGGAGGAGGAGGGAGGACCGAAAGCGUGCCUGUACGCGUGCACGCGUGGGCGCGAGAGCAACUUUUUCCUCCUCGCCCCCCGCCUCGGAUCGAGACCCAGACAACUCUCCCCUCGCGCCCACCCCACAGGGAGAGACGCCGGAGAAAAGGUGAGUGAAGGAAAGGGAACGAGCGAGCGCGGGGGAUGCGCGAGCGCGUGGAAAGAUCCAACUUUCAGGAAGACCGGGGGGGGGACGGCUCUCGACCAGGAGUCCCCUUUUCUCAUAGCGGUUUUUAAUUAAUGGAAGAGACCAUUUGGGGACGUAAAAAAAGGGGGAGCGAGGAGCCUAAACCCUCGUUUCCUCUCCCCCCACUCUUAUAAUAUUUAAUAUAUUUAAAAAUAUUAAAAUAUUAAAUAUUUAAAUAUUUAAAUAGCACCACAUAAGCACCACAAUAUAAGAUAUAAUAAUUAUAAUGCAAUAAUUAUAUUUUUAUUUUAUUACAUUGUAUGUACUAAUUAAAUUAUUGCAAAGUAAGGAGGGAAGACAGACUUUCUUCCUCUUGUAAAUCCGUCGUAGCUUUUUCUGCAAGCCAAAAAUAAGCGGACCUGAUGGCCAAACUUGGCCCGCCAGCUGUUUUGGGACUACAACUCCCAUCAUCCCUAGCUAACAGGACCAGUGGUCAGGGAUGAUGGGAAUUGUAGUCCAAAAACAGCUGGAGGGCCAAGUUUGGCCAUGCCUGUUAUAUCUCCACAUAACUUUUUAUAAACCCAGGUACAACUAAACUAAAUGGUGAGCGUUUAUAAAAGGAUGCUGUGAUGACUGAGAACCAGCGUGGGCUUAUCAAAACAAGUCAUGCCAGACAAAUCUCAUUUCUUCUCCGUUUUUUUGAAAGAGUUUUUUUGAAACAGGACCUGAGCUCAGCAGCAACUCAGCUCACCACAUGUGGUCUCCAGCAGCUGGUAGGGUGGCGCUGUGGUCUAAACCACUGAGCCUCUUGGGCUUGCCAAUUGGAAGGUCGGCGGUUCAAAUCCCUGUGAUGGAGCGAGCUCCCAUUGCUCUGUCCCAGCUCCUCCCAACUUAGCAGUUCGAAAGCAUACCGGUACCAGUGUGAGUAGAUAUUUUUUCUUUUUUUGGAAAGAGUUGCAAGCUUGGUAGAUCAGGGGGAUGCUGUGUGCUGUAGUGUAUCUUGAUUUCAGUAAGGCUUUUGACAGAGUCCACCCACCCACCCUCCUUCGAUAUUAUUGUAGAGAAGUUGGUAAAUUGUGGGCUGGAUGAGGUUGCUGUCAGGUGGCUUUGUAGCUGGUUGGCAGACCAAACCCAAAGAGUACUCAUGAAUGGUUCCUUUUCAUCCUGGAAAAAAAGUGACAAAGUCGGAUGCCACAGAAUUCUGUCCUGGGCCAGUUUUCAUUCAACGUACUGUAUUCAUAAACCAGUUGGAUGAAGGAAUUGAGGGGAUGCUCUUCCAGUUUGGAGAUCGCACCAAACUGGGAGGGGUAGCUAAUGCCGCAGAAGACAGAAUCAGGACUUGGUAUUAACAGAUUGGAGAACUGGCCCAAAACCAACAAAACGAAUUUCAAUAGGGACAACUGUAAGGUUUUGCACUUAGGCAGGAAGAACUGGCUGCCCUAAGAUAAGGGACGCCUGGCUUGCCACAAUUUAAGGAAGGAUAUUGAUAAGCUGGAACAUGUGUAGAGGACAAUGACCAAGAUGAUUAAAGGUCUGGAAACCAAGACUUUUGAGAAACAGUUGAGGGAGUUGGGUAUAUUUAGCCUGCAAAAAAAAGAAAAUAAAAGAAAGGUGAGUGAGAGGGAGAUAUGAUAGGUAAAGGUAAAGGGACCCCUGAACAUGAGGUCCAGUUGUGGCCGACUCUGGGGUUGCGGCGCUCAUCUUGUUUAUUGGCCGAGGGAGCCGGCUUACAGCUUCCUAGUCAUGUGGCCAGCAUGACUAAGCCACUUCUGGCGAACCAGAGCAGCGCACAGAAACGCCAUUUACCUUCCCGCCGGAGUGGUACCUAUUUAUCUACUUGCACCUUGACGUGCUUUCGAACUGCUAGGUGGGCAGGAGCAGGGACCAAGCAACGGGAGCACACCCCGUCUCGGGGAUUCGAACCGCCAACCUUCUGAUCGGCAAGUCCUAGGUUCUGUGGUUUAACCCACAGCGAUAGCCACCUUCAAAAGGGCUUUUUCAUAGCUGUCACAGGGAAGAUGGAGCUUGUUUUCUCCUGCUCCGGAGGGUAGGACUCGAACCAGUGACAAGGAAGGAGAUUCUGACUAAACAUCAGGAGGAACUUUCUGACCAAGAGCUGUUCGACAUUGGAACAGUCUCUCUCAGGGGGUCGUGGACUCUACUUUGUUGGAGGUUUCUAAGCAGAGGUUAAAUGACCAUCAGACAUGGAUGCUUUAGUUGAGAUUCCUGCAUUGCAAGGGGUUGGACUGGAUAACCCUCAGGGUGCCUAUGAUUCUUUGAAAAGGCUUUUUUAAAAAACCCCACAAAUUAUUAGGAAAUGUUACAUGGCUGCCCAGCAAAAAAAACCCCAACCCUGUUUAUACAGUAUUUGUUUCUCCUCAGGAAAUACCUCCAUAUUCUCCUCUUAAUUCUCCUCUACCAUAUUUCUUCAUCCCUCCCCCCCUUUAUAAUUUGCCAACUUUAAAUAAACAUUUUGCCCCUUCGGCCCUACCCCACAAGUUUUAAGUAUCUUCCCUCAUAAUUGUUGCCUCUUUGGUUUAUUAUUUUAUACAUAUACUUUGAUCCAACAUAUGCAGCUCAGUUUGUUUACCUUGUGGGCUGUGCAGGAGCAACUCUCAUACGUAUAAAUGCAGGGCUGUAUGCUUUAUUAGACCUACUCAGAGUAAGCCCACUGAAACUGACGGACACGACUAACUUCUGGGUGUAAAUUUCAUGGGUUCUGUUCUGAGUAAAACUUGAUUGGUUACAACCUGUUAUCUUGAAAAUGCUUAUGACUUUUAAACAGAGAGAGAGUCUCCAACAACCCUUGUUCUGCCUCAUUAUUUUCUUCAUAAUUUUUUAUAUAUUCCCGUAUAUGGCUGGGCUGAGAGGUGGAAGCAUCUUUGGGGUUGAGGGGAAGGAGCCGAACACAAAUAUGACUCUUGGAUCCUCCUAGUUUGAGGGUAGGGGGCCAUAUUCUGUCAGAAUGAGGCAAAGCACCAUUAUGAAAACUCUGCAGGGAAGGAGGUGAUUUUACACUCCAGUUUUUCAGUCUGGCAAAUGACUCCUGCUGUGAUGCAUGAAAGAGAAACUAUCUUAUUUAUUCAAGAGAUGUAUGCCCUGACUUUGUUUGCAUUGCUCAUAGUGGCUUGCAACAAUUAAAUGCAAUAUCCCAUUAUUAUUAUUAUUAUUAUUAUUAUUCAUUUCUUAUAUUUUGCACCUCAUGUUGAGCCCAGAGUGCCUAACAACUUACUGCUAUUAUUGAGAGCAUCUGUACCCCGCUUUUCAGCCAAAAGGGCUCCCAGGGUGCCUUGCAUACAGUCAGUUAAAAUAAGACAGUUCCUGUUCUGAGGCUUUACAGUCUUAAAAAAACAACAACAUGCAAGGGAAAAGGGACAGGGAGGGGAGAGGAAAAAAUAAAACCCAGGCACUAAGCUCUUAAAAAUAUGGAAUGGAAACAGAAUGGCUAACUUCAUAUAAAAACACAGCAAUUAACAACUCUUAAAACUGCAGCAUUAAGGCAUUAAACACUGACAGCAGUCCUGAUAAAGACAGGAUAUAAUUAUAAAAGUUAACCAGGUGACAAUAAACAGAUGGAAGCAGGCUUUUUACUAUGACAUUUCCUAAUGCAAUUAAAGGGAGAGCUGCCACCCUCUCCAAAACUCUUCUUUUUAUUUGGGAGUGGGAUGAGACCUUUUCAGCAAUGGUGCAUAAGAUAAAUGUUGGUCACUUGGCUGCAGAAUCUAUGGCUCUCCAGAUUUCCAGAUGUUGGGUUUUUUUACUGCAGCUGCCAUCAUGCCUGACCAUUAGCCAUGCUGGCUUGGGGUUGAUGGGCAACUUGAGUCUAGAGAACCGUAAAUGCUCUCAGUGCUUCCUACAGUGGAAAAGCUCCCCCAACAUUUCAGUGUGAAAGAGGAGCCCCUUCAUUCUAUAAUCGGAGGAGCACAUCAUCUUAUGGUAGCUGAAAUGGGAUGGACAUCUCAUACCCUGAUUUUGUUCCUGUGGGAUGCAGGGAGAAAGUUUGUGUAUCCUGACCACCAGGCAAUGGAUGUAGGCUUUACCCUUCAUGAGAUUACAGCCGGAAAUUCCCCUGAAAUACCGUAUUUUUCGCUCUAUAGGACGCACCUUUUCCCCUCCAAAAAUUAAGGGGAAAUGUGUGUGCGUCCUAUGGAGCGAAUGCAGGCUCCUUGGCUUUAGCGAUAGCAACGCGAAGCCUCCGAAGCGCAGAGGGAGCGCACCGACCCCUCUCGCUCUCCAGGCUCCAGGGAUAGCCGCCUGAAGCCUUUGGAGCACAGCGGGAACUCGCACUGUGCUCCAAAGGCUUCGGGUUCCUUUCACUGAAGCCAGGAGAGCAAGACUCUCCUGGCUUCAGCAGAGAGGGAGAGCUGCGCAGCGCCCCUUCAGCGAAGCGGGAGGAGAAAUGGAAGGGGCUCCGUUUCUCCUGACGUUUCACUGAAGGGGCACUGAGCUGAGAGGGGGAGAAUAUUUUUUUCUUGUUCUCCCCCUCUAAAACAAGGUGCAUCCUAUGGUUGGGUGCGUUGUAUAGAGCGAAAAAUACGGUAAAUACUGGAGCUAUAUGAGAAUUAUAAUUAUAGUCCUUGGUGUUUCCUGUUUUGAGGAAACUUGGCACGAAAUCAGCACCUAAGAAAGACCACACAGUACUUUUAUUUAUAUAUAUUUAUAGUCCCAUCUUCCUGGCUGUAGUUGAAAACCUCAAAACAGCUUGCAGACGUAAAGAGAGCUUAAGAUACAAUGUAUAAUUCCCCCUCCCCUGAUUUUAAAAAAUUUAAAGCUCGAAGCAGAAGAAUAGGUUAACAAAUGCAACUUUGAUAACCAUCGCUACAUACCUGACUUGUUUCUGAAGAAGCUUGUUCUGCAACUCAGCCAACAAAUCUGAAAGUUACUUGGCCAUUGGUCUUGCAAGCUGGGGCUUGAUGAAGUAGCUGGACUCUACCUGGAGAAUUGCAUGUUAGCCAUCCCCAAACUUCAACACCAGUAAAAACAUUAGUAAAUGCAGAAACUUGGUCCACCAUGCAUUUAAAACAAUAUGAUAGUAGUUUAAAGAGGCAUGACUUCCCCCAAAGAAUUCUGGGAGCUGUAGUUUAAGGGUCCGGAGAGUUGUUACGACCUAGCACUGAGAUGGCUCAAACUCUUAAAGCACCAUUAAGAAACCUUAAGAAGAGAGUGUUUUUAAGGCCCAUUUCAAAGACUAGUCGUACCUUGGAUCCUGACCGCCUUGCGAGUCGAACGUUUUGGCGCCUGAAUGCCGCAACCUCAGAAGUGAGUGUUCCGGUUUGCAAACGUUCUUUGGAACCUGAAUGUCUUCUGUGGCUUCCGAUUGGCUGCAGGAUCUUCCUGCAGCCAAUCAAAAGCCGUGCCUUGGUUUCCAAACCUUUUGGGAGUUGAAUGGACUUUGGGAGUUGAAUGGAAUGGAUUCCAUCCGACUUUUGAGGUACCACUGUAGUAACUCUGGUGUUCAAUUUGCCGCUUUGCUUGGGAGGGAAGUGUGGUAAGUCUUGCAUACCCUCCAAGUCUGAGUGUUGGGAACAAGGGCAGCGGCAAUUGGCUUCUCUUUCCACAUCCUUCUUUCUCUUUUAUUAUACAUUUUUAUUGGUGGUUUUUUAACAUAUCAUUUCCAACAAUCAUUUAACAUAACUUCUUAUCUUAUACAAUAUUUUAGACUUCCGUCAACGACUUCUGAAGAUUUCCUGUUCUUUAUUACUUGUUCUGCAUUUUUUAAUUUCUCUAUUACUUAUAAUUAUCCUUUGAGAAUUAUUAGUUAAGGAUAAAACCUCCUUACAGAGCUUCUUGCAGUCCUACUAGCGUAAUCCGUUUAUUACAAUUGCUUUUCAAAUAGUUCAAAUAUUUACUCCAGUCUUCUAAGAAUCUCUGAUCCCGCAGAUUUCAAAUCCUUCCUGUUAAUUUAUCUAAUUCUGCAUAGUCCACUUUCCACAUCCUUCUCGCCAGCUUUCCAGCAGCAUUUUUUGAAGCCCUGCUAAAUGGAAGUUUGGUCUAUCCAGCUCAGCAAUACUAAUGAAUUAAAGCUGACCCCUCGCCCUGUUCGCUGCUUCUGUUACAAUUGCAGUCCAUGCAUUUAGAAGCAGUUUCGGUCAUGAUGCCACCACCUGAAAUUAGAUCCGCAUUUUGGGAAUGAGAAACAGGAUCUGGGUGUCUCCUCAGCCGAGGUGCUGCUCAUAUAACCCUUUCAGAGCUGGUUUCUGCUCCAGUUGUAAUGGCUCUUGGCUUUUCUUGGCACCAGUACUAUUUUUUUCUCCAGAGUGGCUGCCAGCUGGAGAGAGUCCCAGUCAAGGAGCCAGGAUCAGGCUCCCUCCUUAGCAAACUUUGAUCCGUAUCAAAAAAACCAACAACCCUAACUUUGAUCCAUACCCACAGUGAUAACUCCAGCAGGAAUGCAGUCAGGCUGCUAGAGGUUAGUUGAGGUGACGGGAGCAAGUGAGUUUCUCUGUCUGUCUCUCUCUCACUUCCACACAGCAGAGGUGAAGCUCGGGUGAUAAAGAUGACUAAAGCAGUGAAUGUGUGUCUGUGACAAAGACCUUUGUGCAGUUUGGACUCAGAAGCUGCUUACUAUCAUUCCCGCUGCUACGCAAAUCAGUCUCUUAAGCUUAAGCCAAGAAAUACUGUAGUAUUCUCUAUGAAAUUGAAUAUCAAUAUACGUAUCAAGGCUUUGAGAUUAGACCACUGAAGAAGCCCGGAAAACUAUCUUGGGAGUGUGCUACCUGCAAGCCCCAGUAAAAGGGCCCCAUCGGGGGGGGACGGGGGACAGCGGCCUCUUGAUUACUUGGACUGCCAGGGCGAAACAGGUGCAAAAUGUAGGCACCCUGUCUGCAACUUCAUUAACAUCUGUCUACAACUCCACUAGCAUCUCUCGGUAUUGUGAAUAACACCAAACUUACCUUUUGUUGGUAUCACUUUGAGAAGUCAGGUUACAGGGAACCAGGCAGAGGGCCUUCUCAGUAGUGGCACACGCCCUGUGGAACGCCCUCCCACCAGAUGUCAAAGAGAAGAACAACUACCAGACUUUAAGAAGAUAUCUGAAGGCAGCCCUGUUUAGGGAAGCUUUCAAUGUUUAACAGACUACUGUAUUUUUAUACUUCGUUGGAAGCCGCUCAGGGUGCCUGGGGAGACCCAGCCAGAUGGGCGGGUAUAAAUAAGAAAUUAUUAUUAUUAUUAUUAUUAUUAUUAUUAUUAUUAUUAUAUUUAUUUAUUUAUUUAGUAUUUAUUAUUAUAUCUUCAUGACCUUACCUAAAAAGAUAGAGAAAACAAAAGACUGAGUUAAGCAUUUGAAAAAGCUGUUGAAAUCAGACAUUGUAAGUUCAUCUCAGACUGGGCUGUUCGCAAGUUUCUGUGACUUUGCGCAAGGUUUUGUAUUUUUCUCAGAAGACUGAUAAAGAAUGUGUAAUUACGGUAUUUUGGUAAUUAUUGUGUGUAUAUUAGUUGCCAAUGCGUUGCAUAAGUCGUACUACAUCCUUCCCGCUGCAGCAUUUUGGUUAGCCACUGUGAGAACAGGAUACUGCCCUUAGAGGGCAAUCAUUCUCCAGAGCCAUCAGGCUCUUCUUAGGACUCCAGCCCUGGCACUGACUACAUCCCUGGGUAGGACAAGUGAAAACCCAGUGUAAAAUGUGCCUUGGGUCACCUCAACUGCUUUUACUGUUGGGUAUUGAUUUGGUAGGGGAUGCUGUUGGUGCUGUGGGUUAAACCAGAGAGCCUAGGACUUGCCGAUCAGAAGGUCGGCGGUUCGAAUCCCCGCGACGGGGUGAGCUCCCGUUGCUCAGUCCCUGCUCCUGCCAACCUAGCAGUUCGAAAGCACGUCAAAGUGCAAGUAGAUAAAUAGGUACCACUCCGGCGGGAAGGUAAACGGCGUUUCCGUGCGCUGCUCUGGUUCGCCAGAAGCGGCUUAGUCAUGCUGGCCACAUGACCUGGAAGCUGUACGCCGGCUCCCUCGGCCAAUAAAGCGAGAUGAGCGCCGCAACCCCAGAGUUGGCCACGACUGCACCUAAUGCUCAGGGGUCCCUUUACCUUUAUUGAUUUGGAAAUGUUCCAGGCCUUCCAAGACCUACCUGCUUCUAAAAUGAAUGCCAGUGUUCUGACUUGGGGGCAGCAGCUGGCUGUGUUCCUAAGAUGUGGGGCGAGUGGGAAAAAGAAUCCCUAGCAUCCAGCAACACGGAAGUUUUCAUCCUGUGCUAAAUCCUCUGCAGAACCAACUUGUUAGAAUUUGCAAACAUCCCCCCCCCCCCCGCUCACCUUAGAUGGCUUUUGUUGCUUGGAAGAAGGUGUGAGGGUUGAGGAGGUACUUGGCAGUAAGAACCAGUUAGUUCAGCCAGCCCAGGGCAUUGCUGGAAAGACCUUGAAUCUUUGCUGCUCUUGUUUUUUUCGAGAUUGGAGAAGGCUAAUCUGCUGCCUUGGGCUACAACUCCCAUCAGCCACAGCCGGGCCAGAGGCACCCCGUGUAAACUCCUUUGGAAGGCUUAUGCCCAGACCCAGACAGAGGGGGCGGGCCAUAUGGGCCACUUGGCCCGGGCCUCCGAUUCCAAAGGGGACUUCGGUCAGCAUAUUCACAAUCGCAGGGGAUGCACUGGGGCAGAGGCGCAAAGGCAGUGGCGGCGGUGGGCAGAGCAGCGCAGAAAGGGCGCCGGGUGCAAUGAGUUUCAAUAUAUUAAAACAAAUUAAGUCUUUCUUUCAAUCAACAAUGGCUCGAGAACACCUAGCAAUGAUAAACAUAAACCACGAUAAGGCGAAGUUGCUUGAUUUUUCCUGCGUAAUUCAAGAAUUCGCAGAAAAGAAAGCUAGGAAAGCAUUUUUAAAUGUAAAUACCGGUACUUAAAAUAAUUCUUUUCCCUAUGUAUUUUCAAAAAGCACUAUUGUAUAGCUACAUUUUCCAUUUUGUCUUUAUAUGCAGAUACAGUUCAAGCUUUGAAAUAAAAUCAUUUGUCAGCAUAACUUUUGUAAAAAUUAUGUAUAGGCUUACUUAUUUAUAAGACUUCAGUUAUCCCCAGGGUAAAAAAAAACGGGGGGACAUUAUCUACCUGGCCCGGGCCUCUGCAAGGCCCUGCUUAUGCCAUAACAAAUAAGCCAGCCCAGGGAUGUGUUAGCCCAAGGGGGCCGUUAUUCCCAUCAGGGCAACCUUCUGAGGGCCACGUGCCCGUGGUGGGUGGGGCCAGAGGUAAAAGUGGGUGGGGGAGCCAAUAUAAAUGUUUGCUGCUAGCAACAAUCGCUUUGCUCAGCCUCCACAGCUGGAGGCAGUAAGUCGUCUGCAUCCCAGUUGCUGGAAACUUUAGAGAGGGCUCUCGAACUCAAGUCCUGCUUGUGAGCUUCCUAUUGGGGCAUCUGGGUGGCCGCUGUGAGAACAGGAUGCUGGACUAGAGUAGGCCGAUUUUUGCAUGCUCACACGCCGCCACCCCUUUCAUCCAGACAAGCAAAAUGCAUUACAGUGGUACCUUGAGUUACAAACACCUCAGGUUACAAACGCCACUAACCUGGAAGAGUUACCUCGGGUUGCGAACUUUGCCCUAGGAUGAGAAUGGAAAUUGUGCGCCGGUGGCGCGGCUGCGGCAAGAGGCCCCAUUAGCAAAAGCACACCUCUAGUUAAGAAUAGUAUUUAUUUAUUUAUUUAUACAUACCCCGCCCAUCUGGCUGAGUUUCCCCAGCCACUCCGGGUGGCUUCCAGUCAAGUGUUAAAAACUAUACAGCAUUAAAUAUUAAAAACAGGGCUGCCUUCAGAUGUCUUUUAAAGAUAAGAUAGCUACUUAUUUCCUUCACAUCUGAAGGGAGGGCGUUCCACAGGGUGGGCGCCACUACCAAGAAGGCCCUCUGCCUGGUUCCCUGUAACCUCACUUCUUGCAAUGAGGGAACUGCCAGAAGGCCUUCGGACGCUCCUUCAGGUAUACAGGACCGAGGCCGUUUAGGGCUUUCAAGGUCAGCACCAACACUUUGAAUUGUGCUCAGAAACGUACUGGGAGCCAAUGCAGAUCUCUCAGGACCGGUGUUAUGUGGUCCCGGCGGUCACUCCCAGUCACCAGUCUAGCUGCUGCAUUCUGGAUUAGUUGUAGUUUCCGGGUCACCUUCAAAGGUAGCCCCACAUACAGCGCAUUGCAGUAGUCCAAGCGGGAGAUAACUGGCAAGACAGUCUGCGGACAGGUAGGGUCUCAGCCUGCGUACCAGAUGGAGCUGGUAGACAGCCGCCUGGACACAGAACUGACCUGCGCCUCCAUGGACAGCUGUGAGUCCAAAAUGACUCCCAGGCUGCGCACCUGGUCCUUCAGGGGCACAGUUACCCCAUUCAGGACCAGGAAGUCCCCCACACCCGCCCGCCCCCUGUCCCCCCAAAACAGUACUUCUGUCUUGUCAGGAUUCAACCUCAAGAACAGUUUCAGGUUAAGAACAAUCCUCCGGAACGAAUUAAGUUCAUAACUAGAGGUACAACUGUAUUGGGGUUCAAAUAAAACAUUCCAGCCCGGUCAAGAAAAAAAAGGUGUGUGGAGAAGCAAGGCCAGUGAUGGGUGUGUUCUGCAGAGAAUUUGAGGGCCAGGCGGAGAGGUGCAGGGGCCACAUUUGUUCUCUGGGAGCCUGAGGUUCCCCACCCCAAGUUAGCCUUUUGGGUGCCACAAAGUUCCUUGCCGGUUUUGUGGCUGUGUGAUUGUUUCCUUCCUUCCUUCCUCCUUCCCUCCCUCCCCUUCCUUUUUUAUUAAAAAUGCCAUAAAAUGGCUACAUACAAAUUCAAUAAAACCAAGAAUACAGCACAAAGUGAUACAUAGCUUAGCAAUUUCAGUUCCAGAGCCACAAUGUGUUGAUUAAAACCUGAGAAAAUAAAAUAGUUUUCUGACCACCUGCCUAUAUUAUAUGAAGCAGGUGCCAGGCAAAUGUCGUUUUACAUGGUCUUCAAACAGUCCGUAUAGGUUCUCCACGGACGGGUUUGUCAGGCUGGCAGGAUAACUUUCCUCUUCUCUUAAGUAUGAAAAGAAGGGAGACACUGUGCGGUUCUUACGCAUAACAAAAGUACCUUUUCGGUGGUGGUGUCUUUACUGUAAAAAGGAGGAGGGCCCCUAAUUUUGAUUCCUUUUGAGGGGGUCAGCAGGGAAUAUAUGGCUCUGCUCUCGGAACUGAAAACGUUUUGCAAAAGAGAGCACAGUGCACAACGGCUCUUCUACAAACAACAGAGCAUUCAGACCAGACAAUCAAAGGGAGCGUUUAUGCUUGACAAACAGAAGGGUGUCUCUAGAGGGCUGGAUCUCCACUGCCCAUUGGAGCAGCGGGCAGAGAACCCUGCCCCUCUGAUUGGAGGGAGGCCUGCGAUUGGCAAGCCAGGUCUGGCAUCCGCAGGUCUGGGCUGGGCUCUGGUUGGAGCAGGAGGGCGCCUUUGAAUGCACACCUUAGUUGGCUUUGUAUGUGCAGUUACUGAGAGCCCAAGCGGCAUCUCUGUUUGCAUAGCUGUAGAGCGGAGGCUCAGAGGCUGCUGUUGUUGCUGGCGGGAGUCCAUUUUGGAGAGUGGCUGUGCACUUGAUCCAAGCAAGGUCAGUGAGCCUGUGUAUCUCACUGUGUGUGCACGUGGACAGCCGCAGGAAAUAACCUGGAGCGGAGCAAAAAGCCUGUCCAGCUGGAGAAACACUCCAAGCUGCAGUGGACAAUUGCAUGGAAGGAUCACUCCACCAGGCAAGUGUUGCGAUGGGUCUUGCAGGUUUGUGCUGUUGUCCCUUCUCCCCACCCCCCUGCUUGCCCAGCCCCAAUCUCCCCCUUGGAAAUAUCCUUUAUUGUAAAUGACCUCCUGUUCCAACUCCCUUUGCUCAGAGUGGGAGCCUGGAAAAGUCUCACCUGGAAAAGGCAAGCGAUUUCUUAACCCUUCUUCCCUUGCAGAACCCCUGAAUGUUUAAUGUGUGAUUUGUGGCGGCCAUGGAAAGGGAAGAGUCUUAGUUCGGUGGUGGAGGAAAUCUUGCUUUGUGUCCCGGGUUCAGAUCCUCAGUGGCAUCUCCUGGUAGGGCUGGAAAUGUUUCGUGCCUGAAGCCCUGGAGAGCUGCUGCCAGCCAGUGUUGACAGUCCUGGGACUGAUGGGCUGAGUCAGCCUAGGGCACCUUGCUAUGAGGGUCCUGGUCUUGAGGACUGCUUGGCUGAUGCCUGUGGGGAAAACGAGGCAAAGUGGCUCUGCAAUGUAUGUUUUUAUUAGAAGUAAGGUUGUCAGCAACUAUGUCUGACUCAGAGUAGACCCACUGAACUUGGCCAUGUCCGUUAAUGUCAACGGAUCUGCGCAGCUCAUAACGUUUGUCUAGCUAACAGCUGAACAACUUUCCCUGAGGAAAGGAUUGCAUAUGGAAUUACUCAUUUAAUAACAAUUGCACCUUAUCAACCUUGCAUCUUAUCUGCUGUAAAUAUGUGCCCUGUUUUUCUUUCUUUCCGGGAUGUGUGUGAGAUAGUUAAUUGCAAUUAAACCUGUUAAUUAGGCAAGUGUUUGUGUAGCUCUUGGAUGUGAAUUCUCCUCUCAGCUGAGCAAUUACCAGGCAUUUUCAUGUCACUCGUCAGUCAAAAAAGGCUUACAAAUGUCGCUGAGAACACAAUCCCCUCCCUCACAAUCUAAGGUCACAUCCAAACCAGACAUGAUUUAAAUCCCAUUUCCCUCCUCCAAAGGAUCAUGGGAACUGCACUUUAGUUAAGGGUGCUGAGAACUGUGAGGGGUGAACUACAGUUCCCAGAAUCCUUUGAAGGAAGCAACAUGCUUUUAAAUAUAUGGGUGUGGGUGUGGCCUAUGAGACAUGACACACAAGGAAAGGGGAGUGGGAGGGAAGAGGAGGUGAAAGCAGGUCCAGGCUCUCAUUCUUCGUUACAGUCAUUGCUUUUUCUGGGUGGGUGGGGGGAUAUUCAAGGGUACGCAGUACCGGCACCUUUUUGCCUAGGCUGGAAGAAAAGCACUGGUUACUUGCCGCAGCCAGAAUGUCAAUGGUUGCAGUGAAUAAAAAAUCUGAGGGAGAGGAGCAUAAAAUUGCUGGUCUUUCUAGCCAUAUUAAUAGAGCAACCCUCUAGUUUCAACUCUCUUCCUUUGCCUGAUGGAAUGGCUGCUGAGCUGACUGCUCCUGUUGUCCCUGACCAUUGGCCGUGCUGGCUGGAGCUGAUGGGAGUUGUUGAUAAAAACGGGUGAAAAGGUAAAGGACCCCUGGACAGUUAAGUCCAGUCAAAGGUGACUAUGGGGUUGCAGCAUUCAUCUUGCUUUUCAGGCCGAAGGUGCCGGCGUUUGCAUGGCGAGUUCCCGCCUCCCACCAGUAGGAAUAAAGACACAUGACACCAUUAUUUUAGGUUAAUGGGCUAAAAUUGGCCACAACUUUAUUGGUUACAGGUAAAAAAAAUGGCUUAGCCAUUGGUCCUAUCUGACUAUCUGGCUUCAGCCUGUUUGCUUGAAGACCCGGAAGGGUUAACACCAGCAGGGGGAGCCCUGCUGAUGCACAUCAACUAGGCACUCCCCCAGGGUCGCCGCUCGGGGGCGCGCUUUAGGCCCUGGCCUCCAUAGGCUUCGGACAAGGCCACGCCCCCGGAAUCCUUUACCGGACUACCCUUCAAUAUUUGGGGAAGGUGAUGGUGCUCCUCCCCCCCAACACAUCUACAUAACAAUACCCCUACCAAUGCCUAACCGCCAAAACCAAAGGAGUUGUGACAAUUUGCUAUGAGGUAGGCGAAAAACCAAAUGGCCGGUGCCAAUUUGCCAAGUGGAAAAAAUUCCUACCAGGCCCCUUAAAGGCGACCAACCGAGGUCCAUAGCAAGGUCAGAAGGGGAACCUUAAAGGGUGGAUGGGUGGGUGGGAAAACCUCAACAGCUGAGCGGAACCAAAGAGGGAGAUCCCGGGGCUGCGUUUGCCUUAAAUGAGGCAAGCCACACACCCUGAGCCAGCCGAUGACGCGGCCCGAGGAUUCCCCUGAUCGCGCAGGGGCUGGAAGCCAGCCUCCGUGCAUGUGUUGGGGGGCAUGAAGCCCGCAACACCAUCUCCUCCCGAGGUUGGAAGGGGCUUUGUCCACAGACAGCUUUCCAGAUAAUGUGGCCAGCAUGACUAAACUGCUUCUGGCGCAACGGGACACCGUGACUGAAACCAGAGCAAACAGAAAUGCCGUUUACCUUCCUGCCGCAGUGGUACCUAUUUAUCUACUUGCAUUGGUGUGCUUUUGAACUGCUAGGUUGGCAGGAGCAGGGACAGAGCAGCUGGAGCUCACCCUGUUGCGGGGAUUCGAACCACCAACCUUCCAAUCAGAAAGCCGAAGUUGUUGAUAAGCAGCUUCCAGUGGGGGCACCUCAGGCUAGCACAAGUGGCCUCCUGUUUGCUUAACCUUUCUCCCCACUUCCUGCUUCCCAGGUCUCUCGCCAUGGUGAACGAGUCCUUUGGUGCCGGCAAUGGGGUGGCCGUCCUUGGCAACGGGGCGGCCGUCGUGAGGUCUGAUGGCAGCAGUGGCAGCGACAGCUCCAAGGAAAGUUCGCGAUGCUCCACCCCUGUCCUCGACACCGAGCGGCACGACCGCCUGUGGGAGAAGAUGCGGAGGCGGCAGGAGUCCGGGGACAAGUGGUUCUCCCUGGAGUUCUUUCCUCCGAGGACAUCCAACGGGGCCGUCAACCUGAUUUCCAGGUGAGGGGGGUGCUCCGGGGCAGGCUGUUGAAAUUCGAGCGUUGUGUAGAAGCCGCCAAUGGGAGAGGGAUGGUGGGUUGUUUAGUCGUUUAGUCGUGUCCAACUCUUCGAGACCCCCUGGACCAGAGCACGCCAGGCCCUCCUGUCUUCCACUGCCUCCCGCAGUUUGGUCAGACUCAUGUUCGUAGCUUUGAGAACACUAUCCAACCAUCUCAUCCUCUGUCGUCCCCUUCUCCUUGUGCCUCCAUCUUUCCCAACAUCAGGGUCUUUUCCAGGGAGUCUUCUCUACUCAUGAGGUGGCCAAAGUAUUGGAGCCUCAGCUUCAGGAUCUGUCCUUCCAGUGAGCACUCAGGGCUGAUUUCCUUAAGAAUGGAUAGGUUUGAUCUUCUUGCAGUCCAUGUUGAGCUUCAGACCAUAUUUUGUGCUCUCCUCUUUCACCCUCAAUAAAAGCUUCUUUAAUUCUUCCUCACUUUCUGCCAUCAAGGUUGUGUCAUCUGCAUAUCUGAGGUUGUUGAUAUUUCUUCUGCCAAUCUUAAUUCCGGCUAGGGAUUUAUCCAGCCCAGCCUUUCGCAUGAUGAAUUCUGCAUAUGGUGGGAGAUGAAUUCUGCAUAUGGUGGGAUUGUGGGAGUGCGGGGUUAUACUAUGGAACUCGCUAGAAACACCAUAACCAGACACUGGAGAGACCUGUCAGGAGUAAGCAUGGACCAGUGGUACCAAAUAGUAUGGGAAACAGCCCUACUAGAAAAAUUAACCCAUAAACUGACAUGGGGACAAACAGAAGAAGACGCCUUCACCCCGGUAUGGCUCCCCUUUAUCACAUACACAGCCCAACAAGACAAUGACAAUAAUCCACCAACAGCAUACAAAUCAAUAUGGCUAACCUGAUCCAAAACACCCACCCACCCCACUUACACACAAAAUCAAAGAUCACCACAGCCAAUCACAAACAAACAACCACACCCUAGGCCAACCCCAACCUCUCUCACCACCAAAGAAACACAAAUGAACAGCACGAGCAACGCUGACACCAAACCCUACAUACAUUAAGCAAAACAGAAACAUCGCCACCCCACCCCACCCCCACGAGAGACAUUACACAUACUUCUGUAAAACAAGAAAAUCUUUAAUAAUAAUAAUAAUAAAAAGCUUAGGUCUUUAAAAAAAACACCAAAAAACCAACAACUAUGGAACUCACUGCCACAAGAAUGUAUGGUGGCCUUGUGAGAGCUUAAGAAUCAGACCUGUUGACCCAUCUAGUGCAGCAUCCUCAUCUCAAUGGGAAGCCCAGAAACAGGACCUGAGCUCAGCAGCAACUCAGCUCACCACAUGUGGUCUCCAGCAGCUGGUAGGGUGGCGCUGUGGUCUAAACCACUGAGCCUCUUGGGCUUGCCGAUUGGAAGGUCGGCGGUUCAAAUCCCUGUGAUGGAGUGAGCUCCCAUUGCUCUGUCCCAGCUCCUCCCAACUUAGCAGUUCAAAAGCAUACCGGUUCCAGUGUGAGUAGGUAUUUUUUCUUUUUUUGGAAAGAGUUGCAAGCUUGGUAGAUCAGGGGGAUGCUGUGUGCUGUAGUGUAUCUUGAUUUCAGUAAGGCUUUUGACAAAGCCCCCCCCCCCCGAUAUUAUUGUAGAGAAGCUGGUAAAUUGUGGGCUGGAUGAGGUUAUUGCGCAGGUGACGCUGAGCCUCUUGGGCUUACGGAUCGGAAGGUUGGUGGUUUGAAUCCCCGCGACGGGGUGAGCUCCCAUUGCUCUGUCCCAGCUCCUGCCAAACUAGCAGUUUGAAAACACGCCAGUGCAAGUAGAUACCGUAUUUUUCACUCCGUAUUUUUCGCUCCAUAAGACGCACUUUUUUCCUCUUCAAAAGUAAGGGGAAAUGUCUGUGUGUCUUAUGGAGUGAAUGCGUGGUCCCUGGAGCUGAAUUGCCCAGGGGCGAAAAGCAGGUCAUGCUUUAUUUUAUUUUUUUAGAAAGAGGGAAGCGGGUGUUGAAACAAAGCCACUACUCUGCAAGCAAUGGGGGAGGGAGAGAUAAGGGAGGCUAGCGAUAAAGGAGGCUGCCUGGGAAGUAAAAGCCCAUGUAUCCUCAGGAUUUUUGCAUUGGGUCACCCCAAAUUCACCAUCAGAUCACAUAGCAUGUCCAUGGCUACAGCCUGUGAGGAGAAUCAGAACUUACAGGGUUAAACAGUUCUGUGUGACGUCUCACAUUCUGAGGCGUGGUUAUGUUCACAUACGGGAAUCUUUCUUUGUGUGUGAGUUUCCUUUUGCUUUUGGCUGAGAGACAAAAGAAUGCCUGCUCUCUCGCCGGGACUGAUUUAUGAUGUUUUCCUUCUCAUUAAAGGCUGUUAGAGAUUAGCAAGAAGCCUGCGUUCAGUCUGAUUUAUUAUCCACACACAAGGCAACAUUUUCUGCCGCUGCAGAUCUCUGCUAAGAGCUGCAAAGAGAGCUCAAGUUUUUUCUAUCGGCACAGGCGUCCAUCGGCACAGGGGAAGUGUGCCGGGCGCCAUCUUAUCUCAGCACAGCCUGCACCAAAAAAACACAUGCAUCCACUGUUUCGUGGGGCCCCAAUUGCACAAAAACGUGGUUGCAAAGCACGGAUCCACAUGGAUUCUCAGGAUUUUUGCAUUGAGCUACCCCAAACUCACCGUCAAAUCACAUAUAAUGACUGUGGCCACAGCAUGAACCACAAAAAUCAUACAUCCACUGUUUCGUUCAGAAUAUUUUUUUUUCUUGUUUUCCUCCUCUAAAAACUAGGUGUGUCCUAUUGUCAGGUGCGUCUUAUGGAGUGAAAAAUUUUGUAAAUAGGUACUGCUACUAGCUACUACUGAUACCUAGUAGAAAAGCCUCUGGCUUUCCCCCAACCUUUAAACAUUUUUUUUCGACUCGUUGUAAAUCAUUCCCCAGAAUGCUUUUCUUAUCUUGCACGUCCACCACAAACUUUUUUAUUUGUUUCUGUUCGGUGGCAAUCUGCAGGCUUGACCGCAUGGGUGCAGGCGGCCCGCUCUUCAUCGAUGUGACCUGGCACCCGGCUGGCGACCCAGGCUCCGACAAGGAAACCUCCUCCAUGAUGAUGGCAAGCACAGCACUCAACUUCUGUGGCCUGGACACCGUCCUCCACAUGACCUGCUGCAAUCAGACCAAGGAGAUGAUCACGGCACACUUGCAGAAGGCCAAGCGGCUAGGUCUCAAGAACAUCAUGGCACUGCGUGGAGGUGAGUUGCCUCACAGCCUGCUUGUAGUAAAUCGAGGAAAGAUGGUAGCUAGAUAAUGGAGCAGCUGCUGUUUCCUCAGGCCUGAGAGAGAUGGGGUUGUGGGGUCUCUCCGUUGGCUCUCUUCAACCUCUUUUCUGCUGGUCGUUCCGCAAGUGAGGAGGAAUGCCCGCAUUUUCUAUUUUUCCUCUUCCCUCCUCAUCCUUCUUCCUUUUGUGUCGCGUCUGUUUUAGACAUAACAAAGAACAAGUGCUCAAUUUGACUUUCCGCCCUCCUCCAUCCCCAUCUUUCAUCUUUGGUUCAGAUUGUAAUAAUUAUUUUAACGGAGAACGAAUUUGUCCCCCUCCUCCCAGUUCCUCUUCGUGUUGCGUCUCUCUUUAGAUUGUAAAUCUGGGAGCAGCCUUAUUGUUGGAUCUGCUUAUACUGCUCUGGGAGCCUAAUUUGCUUUAUUUGUUUUGGCUGAAGGAAGAGGUAGUGAUAACAGGACUAAAGUCAGGCCCGUCAGGAGCAGACAUUGAUUUCCAUCUGGAAUGGAAGUUUUCAAUCCACUGAGCCUCUGCUGUCUGUCAAAGGGACCAGAAAAGCAGUAGGCAGAAGUUCCUUCUUUGUUGAUCCGUAUCAGGAGUAGGCAAACUAAGGCCCGGGGGCUGGCUGCGGCCCAAUCGCCUUCUCAAUCCAGCCCGCCGAUGGUCCAGGAAUCAGUGUGUUUUUACAUGAGUAGAAUGUGUCCUUUUAUUUAAAAUGCAUCUCUGGGGUAUUGGUGGGGCAUAGGAAUUCAUUCAUUCCCCCCCCCAAAUAUAGUCCUGCCCCCCACAUGGUCUGAGGGACAGUGGACCGGCCCCCUUCUGAAAAAGUUUGCUGACCCCUGAUCCCAUAUUGAAGGAGGAGGCCUAAUUUUUAAUACACAUCCAUGUUCACUGGAUGUCUUGUCCAGGGCUUGUUUAACCAUUAAGGAAAAUAAGUACAGUGGUACCUCAGGUUAAGUACUUAAUUCGUUCUGGAGGUCCAUUCUUAACCUGAAACUGUUCUUAACCUGAAGCACCACUUUAGAUAAUUGGGCCUCCUGCUGCUGCUGUGCCGCCGGAGCACGAUUUCUGUUCUCAUCCUGAAGCAAAGUUCUUACCCCGAGGUACUAUUUCUGCGUUAGCAGAGUCUGUAACCUGAAGCGUAUGUAACCUGAGGUACCACUGUACAUGCUUAGAGCAUCAAGGGACAGGGGGCAUUACAGAAAAUUUUUGUUGUCAGAUUUACCAUGGACCAUAUGGUGCAGCUGAACCAGGUUCCACAAAAAAAGACACUCUCUCACAUACACACAAAAUGAGCUGAGCGUUCAUUUUCUCAGUUGAGGUAUAUUAAAAAUCCCAGCUGAGCAACUAUGUAAUGAGGCAGGCUGGACGCCUUAUCUCUACUAAGUACAGAAGCAGGUGUGUUACGUAAGAUUAAUUUUGAGGAUCUGAUCCAAGACUUUGCAAAAGCAGGAGAAAAUUCUUUUCAUCUAUAAAUAAAGUGGAAGUAUACAAAAAUGAACAUAAUUUUCCAUCUUACAGUAGGUUUCCUUUCAUUUCGAAAAACAAAAUUUUGUUUUAUGGUUUAUGGUUUGUAUUUUGAUUUUUUUUAAAAAAAAAUAUAUUCAAAAUUAUAACAAGACAUAUUAUCCAAAAACAUAUCAUCCUUGUUCCCCCCACCAUUUUUCCUCCCCCCUCCCAAACCCACCCCCACCCAACUUCCCUCAGUUCCAGUCUUUGGUUUCUCUGAGACCGCUGUUUUCUGCAUGUUACAAAGUUGUAUAGAUCCUCAAACUAUUUAGCUGAUUAUUAUCAAUAAAAAGUUUGUGAAUGUUCAUUCAAAACCUGCCAAGGAGUCCAGUUCACUUUGUUGCAUCUUCAGAUACUUUGUAAAGGGUUUCCAUUCAUCCUUAAAGUCACAGUUAUCCUUGUCCCGUAGCUUAUAUGUCAGUUUUGCCAGUUCUGCAUAGUCCAUCAAUUUUUCUUGCCAUGAUUCUUUAGUUGGGGUUUCUUCAGUCUUCCAUCCUUGUGCUACCAGAACUCUCGCGGCUGUUGUCGCAUAUAUGAAGAUGUUUUUCAACUUUUUGGGCAGGUCUUUCCCUACAAUCCAAUUUUGAAUUAGAUAUACCGAAUUGGCCUGAAUAUAAGCCUCUCUCUCUCUAUUUUUUUUUUUAUUUUUUUUUUUGUAAAUUCGGACCGUGGAACGUUAAAGUGUGGUUUAAAUUCGCAACCUUGCCAAAAUUGGCUUUUCCGAUAUCACUGCUGAAGCAGACAUAUGGUCAAACGGAACAAGUGUGAGUGCCUGCGGAAUUUUAAGGGAACGGCUUAUAUUUGGGUAUUCUCUCCGCCCCCCCUUUAAUUUUAAAGGUUCAGCUUAUAUUCAGGUGCAGCUUAUAUCCGGGCCAAUACGGGGUGUGUGUGUAUAAGUAUGUACAAUGGUACCUCAGGUUAAGUACUUAAUUCGUUCCGGAGGUCCGUUCUUAACCUGAAACUGUUCUUAACCUGAAGCACCACUUUAGCUAAUGGGGCCUCCUCCUGCUGCUGCGCCGCCGGAGCAUGAUUUCUGUUCUCAUCCUGAAGCAAAGUUCUUAACCCGAGGUACUAUUUCUGGGUUGGCGGAGUCUGUAACCUGAAGCGUCUGUAACCUGAAGCAUAUGUAACCCGAGGUACCACUGUGUGUGUGUGUGUGUGUGUGUGUAUGGAACACCCCCCAGAAAAAACCUUAAAAGUGCUUAGGGCUUCUAAAGGGUUUAAUCUGGCUGUGAGUCUUGUCCAGGAGAGAGAGGGAGAGGGAGAGAAAGAGAGAGAGAGAGAGAGAGAAAGGUAAAAUGAAGUAAAAGCUGGUACUGUGGGGAGUGUGUGUAUUUACAAAAGUGUUGACCGGGCACUUCCUGUCUCUCCCCACAGACCCCAUUGGGGAAGAGUGGCAAGAGGAGGUCGAGGGUUUCAACUACGCUGUUGACUUGGUGAAGCACAUCCGCUCUGAGUUUGAGGAUUACUUUGACAUCUGUGUGGCAGGUAAGAGAGAGAGAGAGAGAGACUGGCGGUGUCUGUGCACACAUGCCAGUUCUGCAAGGAUUACUAAAGGAAUGUGAGAAUCUGAGCUGGAUAGAGAUCCGCUCUGUGAACCAACUUUAACUCUGGUCUGGGUACAUAAGAAAAACCUGCCGGAUCAGUCCAAAGGCCCAGCUAGUCCUGUUCUCAGAUCGCUGUGGGGAAACGGCCAAGCAGGAUUCGAACACAAGAGCAGCAGUAUUUGCCUUUCAUGCACGUGCCACAACUUUGCACAGCUGGGUGUUGUUGUUGUUUAGUCGUGUCCGACUCUUCGUGACCCCAUGGACCAAAGAACGCCAGGCAGUCCUGUCUUCCACUGCCUCCUGCAGUUUGGUCAACCUCAUGCUGGUAGCUUCGAGAACACUGUCCAACCAUCUCGUCCUCUGUCGUCCCCUUCUCCUUGUGCCCUCCAUCUUCCCCAACAUCAGGGUCUUUUCCAGGGAGUCUUCUCUUCUCAUGAGGUGGCCAAAGUCUUGGAGCCUCAGCUUCAGGAUCUGUCCUUCCAGUGAGCACUCAGAGCUGGUUUCCUUAAGAAUGGAUAGGUUUGAUCUUCUUGCAGUCCACGGGACUCUCAAGAGUCUCCUCCAGCACCAUAAUUCAAAAGCAUCAAUUAUUCGGCCAUCAGCCUUCUUUAUGGUCCAGCUCUCACUUCCAUACAUCACUACUGGGAAAACCAUAGUUUUAACUAACCGGACCUUUGUUGGCAAGGUGAUGUCUCUGCUUUUUAAGAUGCUGUCUAGGUUUGUCAUUGCUUUUCUCCCAAGAAGCAGGUGUCUUUUAAUUUCGUGGCUGCUGUCACCAUCUGCCGUGAUCAUGGAGCCCAAGAAAGUAAAAUCUCUUACUGCCUGCACAGCUGGGUAGCAUUCGAAUAAUAUGUAACCUUUGGAAAACAAAAAAACCCCAACCUCUACCCCUGAAUUCCCCUGUCUUUCUCGUUGGCCCUGAAGGUUACCCCAAGGGACACCCAGAAGCAGAGAGUUACGAGGAAGACUUGAGGCACCUGAAGGAGAAAGUGUCCGCAGGAGCCGACUUCGUCAUAACGCAGCUGUUCUUUAGGUCGGAGACCUUCCUCAAGUUCUUGAAGGACUGCCAGGCUAUUGGUAUCACCUGCCCUGUCGUGCCCGGGAUAUUCCCCAUACAGGUGAGUUGUGUUUGGGUUCUGCUUAUGGGAUUCUCCCAUCAGGGCAUCUGGUUGGCCGCUCUGACAACAGGAUUCUGGACUAGAUGGGCCGUUGGCCUGAUUCAGCAGGGCUCUUAUAUUUGUUUUUUAAAAUAUAUACUGUAUUUUUCGCUCCAUAAGACGCACUUUGUUCCUCUUAAAAUCUAAGGGGAAAUAUCUGUGCAUCUUAUGGAGCGAAUGUGUGGUCUCUGGGGCUGGGGUGGGGGAACCCGGGCUUCCCCCCACCGCCAGCCCCACAAGCUCGGGGAGCAGUGGGAAGGUUGCUCCUUUCGCUGAAGUGUUUCCUUUCGCCUCUCCUGGUUUCAGUGAACUCUCCUGGCUUCAGCGAAAGGAACCUGAAGCCUCCGGAGCACAGUGGGAACUCCUGCUGCGCUCCGGAGGCUUCGGGUUGCCUUCACUGAAGGCGAAGGCAAUGUGGGAGAGGGAGAGCUCCGUUUCUCCUCCCGCUUCACUGAAGGGGCACUACGCAGAGAGGGGAGAUUUUUUUUUUCUUGUUCUCCCCCUCUAAAACAAGGUGCAUCCUAUAGAGCGAAAAAUACGGUAUAUAUACAGUGGAACCUUGGUUCUCAAACUUAAUCCGUUCCAAGAGUCCGUUCGACUUCCAAAACUAUUCGAAAACCAAGGCGCGGCUUCAAGUAGAAGCCGCGGCGGACAUUUGGCUUCCGAAAAACGUUCGAAAACCAGAACACUUCCGUGUUUUUGGCAUUCGGGAGCCAAAACGUACGAGUAUCAAGGCACGAUUCUGUGUGUGUGUUGCAGUUUUUUUGUGCUUUUAACUUUUUGCUUUUUUUCCACUGCCUUGAGACUUGAAACAAUUGUAUAGAGGGUGAUUAAUAAAUUGAUGAUCAUGAUGAUCUGAGUAGGGCUGGGCGAUAUACAGUGGUACCUCGGGUUACAGAUGCUUUGAGUUACAAACUCCGCUAACCGGGAAGUGGUUGCUCCAGGUUAAGAACUUUGCCCCAGGAUAAGAACGGAAAUCGCGUGCCAGCAGCAGCAGGAGGCCCCAUUAGCGAAAGUACGCCUCAGGUUAAGAACCGUUUCUGGCUAAGAACGGACCUCUGGAACGAACUAAGUUCUUAACCCGAGGUACCACUGUAUCAACACAUCAUCCAAAGCCGGUAAGAAGUCCAUAUUGUGAUAUCGAUUUCAUAGCUUUUGACCUGGCAAUAUAUCGCGAAUCAUGAUGCGUGUUAGGGCUAGCCAAUACGUUGUCCAAAACCGGUUUCAAAGCAUGAUACCAGUUUCAUCAUUUUUGACCAGGCAUAUAUUGCAAAUCAUGGGGUGUGGGGAUGUGCUAUGCAAAAAAUGGCAACGCAAGAAAAACCAUGAAGCUGGCCAAUGCCUCUACAUAGUUCCAUUUUUAUUUCAGACAUUGUGAUAUAUCAGUAUAUUGCGAUGUUCAGAUGGGGAUGUAUUGCAAUGUUGAAAACCACAUGUCAGAAGCAGAAGUCCCAGCACAGGAAGAAUGGAUACAAAACCUUAUGGAAUAUGCAGAAAUGGCGAAACUUACUGGCAGAAUAGGAAAUCAAGAUAACAUUUUUAAAAAUAAUGGAAAUGGUUUAUUGAAUAUUUACGGAUAAAUUAUAAACAGACUGGCAGAGUUAUUGUAAUAACCUGCAGUUUUAUAGGAGUAUAUAUUUAAAGAAGAUGAAUAAAUGAGCAAAUUUAGUUGAUUUGGAUAUGCAGAAGAUGUUAAAAAUAAAUUUAAGGAGCCACAGAAAGAGGGGGGGAAGGAAAUCAAGUUCUGAACUUUCAAAAUGAUUGUAAAAUCAGUGAAAUGUAUAAAAUUUGUGAAAUGUAUAAAUUUGAAAAGAAUGGAUGGAUGGAUGAAUAAAUAAAUAAAUACCAAGCAUUGUCCAGCCCCAACUGAGAACAGGGCUACCAUUCGAUCCAACCCAUAAUUUCUCUCUCCCCCCCCCCCCGCCUUCUCUGCCGUAGGGCUAUCAUUCCUUGCGCCAGCUUGUGAAGCUUUCGAAGCUGGAGGUGCCGCAGGAGAUCAAGGACGUCAUAGAGCCCAUCAAGGACAACGACGCGGCAAUCCGGAACUACGGCAUUGAGCUGGCCGUCACCAUGUGCCGGGAGCUGCUGGACAGCGGCCUGGUCCACGGCCUGCACUUCUACACCCUGAACCGGGAAGUGGCCACCAUGGAAGUCCUCAAGCACCUGGGUCUCUGGAAGGAGGACCCUAGGUGAGCACCUCCAUUUUUUCUCCUAUUACUAAGAGAGCCAAUCUUCGUAAAGCAGGUUACAAAAGUUAACUACCGUAUUUUUUGCUCCAUAAGAUGCACCUGACCAUAAGACGCACCUAGUUUUUAGAGGGGGAAUGCAAGGGAAAAAAUAUUCUUUAAAGGGAGCACUGAGCAGAGCCUGUACGCAUCCCAGGCUCUGCUCAGCGCUCCCUUUCACAAGCCGCGUGGAGCAAGCGUGCAGCGUUUGCAGGCUUUUCCCCAAGGAGGGCUGCCCCUCUCUCUCCUCGGGGAAAAGCCCCCAAGAGCCGCACACACGCUCCGCGCGGCUCUUUAAAGGGAGUGCGGCUCUUGCGGGCUUUUCCAGGAGGUGGGGGAAAGGACAGACCGUGACUAAGCCAGAAGCUAGAACAGCGAGAGGGAGCGCUGCACAGCGAUCCCUCUGGCUGUUCUGGCUUCUGGGAUAGCUACGCAGCCUGCAUUCGCUCCAUAAGACGCACAAACAUUUCCCCUUACUUUUUAGGAGGGAAAAGGUGCGUCUUAUAGAGCGAAAAAUACGGUAGCUCGCAACAUCUUUUUUUUAAAAAAGUAGAACCAACUUAUUUAAUUGUGUUGACACUGUGGGUUAAACCACAGAGCCUAGGACUUGCUGAUCAGAAGGUCGGUGGUUCGAAUCCCCGCAACGGGGUGAGCUCCCGUUGCUCGGUCCCUGCUCCUGCCAACCUAGCAGUUCGAAAGUAUGAAGUGCAAGUAGAUAAAUAGGUACCGCUCCGGCGGGAAGGUAAACGCCGUUUCCGUGCACUGCUCUGGUUCGCCAGAAGUGGCUUAGUCCUGCUGGCCACAUGACCCGGAAGCUGUACGCCGGCUCCCUCGGCCAAUGAAGCGAGAUGAGCGCCGCAACCCCAGAGUCGGCCACGACUGGCCCUAAUGCUCAGGGGUCCCUUUACCUUUAAACAAUGCAAGUGCAGGAAUGGAAACAAACAAGAUUCCGGUCAAUAAUUGCACAGUUUUGCAAAGAUGCAUCGAGUUAUGACAGAGGUUUAACGAACAAUUGCUGUCACAAUCUGAAACAGAGUAUAUGCAAAUGGGAAAUAAAAAAGUAAAGGAGAGGGAGGGAGAAAAGGGGGGCGAGGAAAGAAGCCAGCAAAGUAAUAAGGAAAGGUAUCGAGUGGAAUCAGAGAACUGUACAGUUCGAAGAGACCCUGAGCAUAAUCUAGUCCAGGGGUCAGCAAACUUUUUCAGCUGUGGCCUGUCCACCAUCCCUCAGACCAUGUGGUGGGCCAGACUAUAUUUUCUGGGGGGGAAAUGAACGAAUUCCUAUGCCCCACAAAUAACCCAGAGAUGCGUUUUAAAUAAAAGCACACAUUCUACUCAUGUAAAAACACGCUGAUUCGCAGACUGUCCACGGGCUGGAUUUAGAAGGCGAUUGGGCCGCAUCCAAACCCCUGCAAUGCAGGAAUAUUCAGCUGUCCCAUAUGGGGAUCAUACUUGCAACCUUGACAUUAUCAGCACCACUAUCUACCCAACUGAGCUAUUUAGUGGGUGGACCCUUUUUAUUUAUAUAUUUAUGAUCUUUAAGAACAAUAUUCAUACACUCUCAACAGAAUUUCAAAAGGAUUAUAUCUAACCCCCCCCCGUCUGUCUGACCUGCCAGAAUUCUUUAAACAUUGCCCAUCCUUGGUAGAAUCUGUUUAUCAUCUUGUUGAACCCAAAGGAAUCCAUCUUGCCAUAUUCUUGACUAGCUUGUGGGAAUUGUUUCCAUGCUGGCUGCCGGGUAAGGGAAAUUCCAUCCUCUGCAGCCUUCAUGGAUGUGAAGGCUAGAAAUAUCUUUUUAAAAAAUUGGCCUUCUAGCCAGCAGACUGGCAGAAGAGGAGCAGAGAGGGUGAUUCUCUACCACCAGUUGCUUGGUGGCCCAGGCAAGGGUAGGCCAGAAAUUCCUGGUUGGACAGGCAACAGCACCUUGGAGAGCAGUCUAAGGUUUGGGUUAAGGACCACGGACAGCUCUCCUGCAAGUGGGGCCAGGCAUACAAGUUGUCUCAGCGAGAUAUUGCUUUGACCAGCAGACUCCACUGGCCUCCUCCAGUCAGCCUGUGCUAGGAAUGUGUAAUUCUCUGGAGCGUUCAGUCUCUCCCAACACAAAGACAGAACAGGCAAUCUCCAUGGAUGGGAGGUUAAUUCUGCUGUCUCUGUGCCUGCCACUGUUCUCUCCUGAGCUUAGCUUCUCCCAGUUAUGAGGCGUGCUCAAAACAGUCAUACAUCACCAGAGACGGAGAACUUUAAAGUGUUAAGAUCAGAAGGCGGAAAACAUGAAAAGAAUGAGAAGGAAUGAAGAUUUGAAGAUAUGCUUCAGAGGUCCAGACUAUGGGGAGCCUGGAAAAAUUAAUAAUUACAAUUUGGUCGUUUUUUUAUUGUAGUUUAUUGUUUUUAAUCAGAUUAUGAUGCGUAUAUGUUGAUUGGCUGUUUUUAUUGGAAAAUCAAUAAAAAUGAUUUUAAAAAAACAACAGUCAUACAUCAGGGUGCAAUUGAUUCUAUCUUACUUACAUGCUGUAAAAGUAAACCUCAUUUAUUCACUUGUGUAUAUAUCCCACUUUUUGCACACGAUUCCCCCCCCACACACAUUUAAUCCUUACAACAAUCUUGCGAGGUAGGCUAGGCUGAGAGACAGUGACCAGCCCAAGGUCCCCGUGUGAACUUCAGGGUUCAAGUGGGGAUUUGAAACUUGGCCUACCAAAUGCCAGUCCAACCACUACAACCACACUGACUCACUUGCUGGGUAUAAAAAUGAGCCAUCCCUUCAGCUUUUAAUUCAGGGGGAACAAAACACGUUUAAGCUACCGUGAAGUGUUGAAAAAGAUGCAGCACGCAAGUAUACGUGCAAAUAUUAUGUUUUAAUUUUCACUCCCUCCUUCUCCCUCCCCUGCAAGGCGUUCCCUGCCCUGGGCAGUCAGUGCUAACCCCAAACGGCGAGUUGAAGAUGUCCGACCAAUUUUCUGGGCCUCCAGGCCGAAGAGUUACAUCUACCGAACUCAGGAAUGGGAUGAGUUUCCUAAUGGCCGCUGGUGAGUGUGGCGGGGGGGGGGCAGGUGGAUGUAUCCCUCUGGAAAGAUCUGGUUGAACUGGGAAGUGAUGGGAGAUGUAUCUGAAUUAAAACAGAAGAUGCCAGAAAGAUGCAAUGGUUAUAGACCCGUUGAGGUAGUUAUAUAUAAUUUUUAUUAAAUUUUACAUUUCAAAAUAUUCUUUUAAACAACCUUAAAUCCGUGACAUCCCUUCUUCUCUUUCCGUGGUUCAUUUUGCAUACCAUACAUCCCUGCAUAUUUUGCAUUAAUUAAACCAUUCAGUAAUCCACUGUUACAUCCAUCGAAACUUACUUACACUGCUGAAUUCAUCUUAAUGCUGUCCGCACUUUUAAAUGAACACAAUUUUCACCCAAAUAUUCAGUAAACAUUUUCCAGUCUUCUCUAAACAUAUGUUCUUCUUGUUCUCUUAUGUUAAAUCUGCAAGUUGUGCACAUUUCAUCAGUUUAAGUUGCCAUUCUUCUUUGGUUGGGACCUCGCUCGUUUUCCAUUUUUGGGCUAACAAGACAUGGGCUGCAGAAGUAGCCUACAUAAAUAGCCUUUUUUGACACCUGGGAAUUUCCCUCUAAUAGACUAACUGAUAGGUUAAUGGAAUGACUUAUCUCUUGGGCCUAUUAAUUUCAGCGGGGCUACCCUGUGUAAAACCUAGUUGACUGAAACCCAUAGGGUUGUCUCCUCCCAAGUCCAGAAAAGACCCUAUACUUUCUGGGCAGAUUUCCUUGUUUCGUUCCCUUGUUUGAUUCAUUAUUUCAUGAAAUGGAUACACCACUUAAGUAUUAAAAAAAGCAAACGAGCCUCAAAGCGGCUUACGAAAAUGACAAAACAAUAAAAUUUAUCAGUAAGAAAAAUGUAACAGCAAUAAUGUAAGACUUUCAAGAGCUCAAGUUCACAACUGGUUAAAUCAGAUGGAAAUAUGCAUCAGUUUUCUAAACAUCUGGGCUUCACGAAUGUUUCUAGCACAGAGUACAGCGAUGGCAGCUGCCUGAUGUCAAUAGGUAGGGAGUUCCACAGUUUGGAACUGUGGAACACUAAAAGAUGGACUUCUUAUAACAGGGAUUACCGUAUUUUUCACUCUAUAAGGCGCACCAGACUAUAAGACGCACCUAGUUUUUGGAGGAGGAAAACAAGAAAAAAAAUAUUCUGAAUCUCAGAAGCCAGAACAGCAAGAGGGAUUGCUGCGCAGUGAAAGCAGCAAUCCCUCUUGCUGUUUUGGCUUCUGGGAUAGCUGCGCAGCCUGCAUUCGCUCCAUAAGACGCACACACAUUUCCCCUUACUUUUUAGGAGGGAAAAAGUUAGUCUUAUAGAGCAAAAAAUAUGGUAUGUGGUCCCUGCAACAGUUCUGCUGAUCGAAGCAGUCAAGUGGGUGAAUUGGGGGGGGGGCAUCUUGCCCGUAAGGGAGCUUGUUCCUGCCCCGCCCUAACACGCCUUCUCUCCCGCAACCCUCAGGGGUAACUCAUCCUCCCCAGCCUUUGGGGAGCUGAAGGAUUAUUACCUCUUCUACCUGAAGAGCAAAUCUCCGAGGGACGAGCUGCUGAAGAUGUGGGGCGAGGAGCUGACCAGCGAGGAAAGCGUCUUCGAGGUGUUCAGGUGUUACAUCGCCGGAGAACCCAACAAGGAUGGACACAAGGUGAGAGAUUCAGGGAGGACCCUGGCCCAUGAACCUCCACAUAGGGGGUGAACAAGUGUUGGCGUCCGGUCUCUGGAGUCCUGGCACAAGUCUCACAUACCCUCCAAUAUUUCUCCAAUGAAAAUGGGGGUGUCCUAUUCCGUUGUUGUUGUUGUUAUACCCCACCCAUCUGGGCGUCUUCCAACAUAAAUAUAUAUAGUGGUACCUCAGGUUACAUACGCUUCAGGUUACAAACUCCGCUAACCCAGAAAUAGUGCUUCAGCUUAAGAACUUUGCUUCAGGAUGAGAACAGAAAUCGUGCUUCGGCGGCGCGGCAGCAGCGGGAGGCCCCAUUAGCUAAAGUGGUGCUUCAGGUUAAGAACAGUUUCAGGUUAAGUACGGACCUCCGGAACGAAUUAAGUACUUAACCUGAGGUACCACUGUACAAAUAAAUUAUUGUUGUGGUUAACACAUGUGUGUGUCUGCUUGAGGUAUAACGGGGAAGGAAUUUUAAAAUUUAAGGGGAUUUGGAAUUAUGGGAGAAAGCUGCCCUCUCCCCUUUCCAAAAUAAUGAUAGUUUUUCUCCCCCCCCUCCCAUAGGUGACCUGCCUGCCUUGGAACGAUGACCCUCUGGCGCCCGAGACCAACCUUAUGAAAGAAGAGCUGGCCAAGGUGAACAGGAGAGGGAUCCUGACCAUCAAUUCCCAGCCGAAUAUCAAUGGCAAGCCCUCCAGCGACCCGAUUGUGGGCUGGGGUCCCGACGGAGGCUACGUCUUCCAGAAGGUAAGAUGCCUGGGGACAUUAUGCUCUUCUCCCCUUCCCUUCCCUCCCAUCUCCCAGUCCAAGCAGUUCCGUCCUCUUGCGUAGAUCGUAUGUGUUAACUUCAAGCUUGCGUUUUUGUGUGAAAGGAAGAACCACACUGCCUUUCGUGGCAAAGCUUUAGGCACUUCCGGGGGUCAGGCUGGAUGACCCCUGGGGUCCCUUCCACUCCACAGUUCUGUGAUUCCAAGUCGUGUGCUAUGGCAAAUUAGGAACGUAGAUUUGUUUGACAUGUGUAUAGGCUGCUGUUCAGGGUCCGGUUUCAGGAAAUGGUAUACAUCUCUCAGUAGGGAUAGGAACACAGGAAGUUAGUUGUCUUUUAACAUGAAGUCAUAUACAGUGGUACCUUGGUUCUCAAACGCCGAAAACCUGGAAGUAAGUGUUCAGGCGGCUAGUCCUAGUCUUUAUACCUUCUUCCAGAAGGUGGAAGCUGAAAGAGAUCAUUUCCGGGGUGGACACUAUCCUGCACUAUCUCUGCUGCGUUCUUGUGGCACCUGGCAGCAUAGAUUUGAUCCAAGGUGGGAAGAGUGCAGCCAGUUAUUCUCUCCACAGUCUUUACAACCCUGGACAGCAUUGUUUUUCCCCUGUUUUUCCCAAACCACACACACAGACCAUAAUGCACUCUCCAAAGUGCAAUGGUAAAAUGCCAUCAACAGGUCCUUUCAACCCUUCUCUUUAGACACUGGAACAUAGGAAACUGUGUUCUGUAUAAAACACAGUUCUGAAUAACUGUGUUAUUCAGGCCGUUGCUCUGUCCAGCUCAGUCGCAUCUAUAUGGACUGGUAGCAGCUCUCUGACGUUUCAGACCAGACUCUCUCCCAGGCAGACCUGGAGAUGCCGAGGGUUCAACCUGGUUCCCGAGGCCUUCUGCAUGCCAGGCAGGUGUUCUGCCACUGGGCUGUGGCUCCUCCCCUCAUCCUUUAGCUUGAAAGGUUGAUCUGUAGCUGUAACUUGGCCCAAGCAAUUCUCAAGCUGCAAGACGUAGCCAAGGCCCGCUAAAUCAAAGAAGUCUGGCCACUCGGUGCCAGCAGGUGUCAGAAGCAGUAGAGGGAAAGAAAGAUUCCCCACCUCAGAAAUAUUGAAGUGUGGGGACAGGGCGGGGUGUGUGACAAGCCCCUUACAAUGAGCGAGUCAAUUGUGGAGGGAGCUGUGAUCCUCAGCGCCAGCUGGCUACAAAGCAAGCGGUGGGGUGAUUAAGCAAUGCUAGCAGGGGGCUAGCAGAUCUGUGUUUGCGAGACAAAAGGCUGCAGGGAUGCGGAUUUCAAAAGCUCUCAUUAUGAGCCCAUGGGGCGCUGUGUCACCGGCCCCCAUUAAAUGGGGACCCCCGCUGCGAAAUUGCUCCCCUCCCAGUGAGCCACCAGAGUGCUUUCGAAAGCAGCCUCUUGAUCUUCACCACACACCCCUUCCCCCUUUUUUAAAACUCUGACCACAAUGAGAAAUCCAGUCUAUCCAGUUUACCUUUCCGAUGAAACAAAAAAAGCAUUCCUAAUAAUAUCCAGGUUUUGGAUCAACUUUUUCAAUUAUUAUUAUUUUUUGGUACCGUCUCCCUUCUCUCUUAAUCCAAAUAAGAUUAAGGUCAAGUGAGACUUUUGCUCAGUGCCCCAAAGCUAAUCCCAAUGUGAACUGGGGGGUGGGGUGGGAAGGAGGGUCUUUUUCUUCAGAGAGGCAACCGGCGUUGCUGUUUCUACGCUGCUCUGCUCCACAUGGUAGCAGAAACACUGAAGUAGAGCAAAAUUGAUUUAACACAAUCACAGACCAAUAAAGGGACAGCCAAGCAGUACUAUUGUAAUAGUAAAAUUUAAGGUCUCAUAUAUAUAUAAUAAAUGUUCAUAAAUGUACCAACCAAGCACGUACAUAGAUCAGCACAGGAAGACUGUCCUGAAACCAUUUUGACUCCCAAACUGACCAAAUGUUUUUUUUGCAAGGAGGGAAAGCAGGGAGCCUUCCCAUUGUCUCAGGAAUUGGGAAAUCACCACCUCAAAGGAAUGGCCAGACUACCAGGAAGGCAAUCAGAUAAGGCAUUAUCAGAUAACCUGGCAGACAGGAAAAACAACAGCAUUCAAAUUUCUGUUGUAGACCACCUUUUCUGUGUUGUAUGUAUGAUGUAUGGAGGGGUGGUCUUGAGUGACAGGGCAGGGAAUUUAAAAUGUCUAUAUAAGGCCUUGCACGCCAUUGUUCUGGGUUCCCUAUUAGGGACUUUGUCUUCUUUCCAUCUCUGGGCCAGUAACAACCGGGUGGCUGUCGUCGCAUACAUAAAAAGUAUUUCCUGCUCCCUUGGAAUAUCGGCACCUACAAUUCCUAAUAGAAAAACCUCUGCUCCCACCCCCCCCAAAGUUAAUUUAAACAUUUAAAUUGUGCCAUUGCUGGGAUUCUUUGGUGUCAACACCUCCUCUCUCGACUCCUUCCAGGCUUACCUGGAGUUCUUCACCUCCAGCGAGAACGUCAGAGCCCUCCAAACUGUGUUGAAGAACUACGGCCAGCGAGUGAAUUACCACAUUGUCAACGUCAAGGUGCGUCCUUCCUCAGUGCCAGAUUACCAAAUAGACAGACUGGGCACUGGCCUAUGAGCCUAGGGGCCCCUCAACAUCGGAUCAAAAUAAUAUUGAUUUGAUCUUGGGGGGAAAAUAGGGGAUCAUUUGUGAGGGGCCCUGCGAGAUUCUGACUGCCUAGGAGACUCCACUGGGUUUAAUCCGCCACUGGUCCUUCCUCUGGUAGGCUGGCAGUGAAAACGUUUCUGUGGAAACUUGGGGUGCUUGGACUGAGAGCGGAUGUGGGGAGCAAACCCUCUGCUUGUGAUCUCUGGAGAAUAUUAUGAGAAUUGUUCAGCCUCUGCUAGGACAAUUGGUUUUGGGUUUAUGGCCCCUCCUUGUGGCCCAGCUUCAGUGCCUACUGUUUAGCCAGAGAAUCUGAUCAGCUGCGAAUAUCAUUCCCUGGAGCUUUCUGGUUUACUUCACCCAGCUGGAUGCAGGGAGGAAUGAUGAUGAUGAUGAUGAUGAUGAUAAUAAUAAUAAUAAUAAUAUAUUAUUUAUACCCCACCCAUCUGGCUGGGUUUCCCCAGCCACUCCUGGCGGCUUCCAACAGAACACUAAAAUACAACAACCUAUUAAACAUUAAAAGCUUCCCUAAACAGGGCUGCCUUCAGAUGCCUUCUAAAAGUUUGGUAGUUAUUUUUCUCUUUGACAUCUGGUGGGAGGGUGUUCCACAGGGCAGGUGCCACUACCAAGAAGGCCCUCUGCCUGGUUCCCUGUAGCUUUGCUUCUCGCAAUGAGGGAACCGCCAGAAGGCCCUCGGCGCUGGACCUCAGCGUCCGGGCAGAACGAUGGGGGUGGAGACGCUCCUUCAGGUAUACUGGGCCAAGGCCUGUUCAGUUGGGCCUGGGAUCUGUAAAAAAGAAAAAGAAAAAAAGUAAAGUACCUCUGGACGGUUAAGUCCAGUCAAAGGCGACUAUGGGGUUGCGGAGCUCAUCUCGCUUUCAGGCCGAGGGAGCCGGUAUUUGUCCGCAGACAGCUUUCCGGGUCAUGUGGCCAGCAGGACUAAACUGCUUCUGGUGCAAUGGGACACCGUGACGGAAACCAGAGCGCAUGGAAACGCUGUUUACCUUCCUGCCGCAGCAGUACCUAUUUAUCUACUUGCACUGGUGUGCUUUCGAACCGCUAGGUUGGCAGGAGCUGGGACAGAGCAACGGGAGCUCACCCCGUGGUGGGGAUUCGAACUGUCAACCUUCCGAUCGGCAAGCCCAAGAGGCUCAAUGGUUUAGACCACAGCGUCACCCGCAUCUUGAGAUCUGUACAGGCCUGGCAGCAAGUUAACAGGUGUAUGCAAAACCGUGAUGCAGCUGUUUCCAGGCUGCAUGCGCCCCAUUUCUUUCUCUUCCUUCUAAACACCUUCCUGUUUCUAAACACCUUCCUGUUUCCCGUCGGUAGGGUGAGAACAUCACCAACGCGCAUGAAAUGCAACCCAACGCCGUAACGUGGGGCAUUUUCCCCGGCAGAGAGAUCAUUCAGCCGACGGUUGUAGACCCGGUUAGCUUCAUGUACUGGAAGGUAAGAGGGUUAUUGUCCCCUGCCCUGCCCCAAACACCCGGGAACCUCUUAGCCUGUUGGUACAGAUCUGGGGCUUUGGUAAAUUUCCGUGGAAAAUGUAUGUGAGCAGAAGUACAAGGUGCCAAUUACUAUUCCCUAGAACUUGUACCGGGGUACCUCUGCUCCUCUAAUAACAAGUUGGGGGUACAACCCCCACUUUUGCCUGCACAGGUUCAGUGAACUCAUAGGUCUGUAUCAAGUCAUAAGAACAUAAGAACCCGCUGGAUCAGAGCAGUGGCCCAUCGAUUAUGAUGGGUAGGCAAACUAAGGCCCGGGGGCCGGAUCCGGCCCAAUUGCCUUCUAAAUCCGGCCCAUGGACGGUCCAGGAAUCAGCGUGUUUUUACAUGAGUAGAAUGUGUGCUUUUAUUUAAAAUGCAUCUGGGUUAUUUGUGGGGCAUAGGAAUUCGUUCAUUCCCCCCCCCCCCAAAAAAAAUAUAUAAUCCAGCCCCCCUGAUGAUGAUGAUGAUUGAUUGAUUGAGUUUAUAUACUGCCCUAUACCCGGAAGUUUCAGGGUGGUUCACAGACAAAUAUAAUCAGAAUAAAAACAACCACCCAAUAACACCCUACUCAGAAAAGAGCCACAUUUUAAAAGGGUAUAGGAUAAGUUUACCAGACGUCCCCGUUUCCUGGAGACAGUCCCUGGAUUUAAAAUCUGUCCUCUGACAAAAUCCUAUCAUUCCUAUUGAAAUUGAAAAGAGUCCCCGAAUUCAUUGGAAAAAACCUGGUAACCUUAGUAUAGGAUGUCAAACAGAUCAGCUAAAGGCCUGGUUAAAAAGGAACAUUUUUGCCUGGCGCUGAAAGGUGUAUAGUGAAGGCGCCAGGCGAACUUCCCUGGGGAGAGCAUUCCAGACAGGGAGCCACUGCAGAGAAGGCCCCGUUCUCAUGUUGCCACCCUCUGGACCUCUCAAGGAGGAGGCACACAAAGGAGGGCCUAAGAGGAUGAUCUCAGGGUCCGGGUGGGUUCAUAUGGUCACAUCUAGUCACAUUGGCUAAGCAGGUGCCUCCAAGGGAAGCCUGCAGGUCCUUUUCUGAAUGCUAAGGGCCAUAGCUCAGGGGUAGAGCAUAUGCUUUGGAUGGAGGAGGGCCUCAGGUUCAUUUCUCAGCACCUCCAGGUAGAGCUGGGAAAUGUCCCUGUUUAUGCAACACCAGAGAGCCACUGCCAGUUAGUAUAGGCAGUGCUGAGCUUGACGGACUGAAUAGUCUGGCUCUGUCUAAGGCAGCUUCCGCCUGUAGCUCAGCGCAAGGGUAUCUGCUUUGCACACAGAAUGCCCCGAGUUCAGUCUCUGGCAUCUCCGGGUAGAACCCAGCCUGAAACCCUGGAGAGCCACUGCUGGCCAUAGCAGGCAACACGGAGCGAGUUGCGCCGAUAAGUCUGAGUCUGCAUAAUGCAGCCUCCUCCAUACGCUCAUUCCCUGAGAUCAUCCUCUGAGGCCCUCCUUCGUGUGCCUCCUUCUCGAGUUGUCCGGAGGGUUGCAACACGAGAACGGGGCCUUUUCUGCAGUGGCUCCCCGUCUGUGGAAUGCUCUCCCCAGGGAAGUUCGCUUGGUGUUUUCAUUAUACACCUUUAGGCGCCAAGCAGAAACGUUCCUUUUUAGUGCAGGCCUUCGGUUGAUCUGAUUGACAUCCUAUGCCCUUUUAAUAAAAAAAAAAUUAAUUAUUAUAUAUUUUGUGGUUUUAUAUAUUGAUUUUAUUCUGUGAACCACCCUGAGACCCCCGGGUAUAGGGCUGCACAGUGGUACCUUGGGUUACAUAUGCUUCAGGUUACACACUCCGCUAACCCAGAAAUAGUGCUUCAGGUUAAGAACUUGGCUUCAGGAUAAGAACAGAAAUCGGGCUCCAGCGGCACGGCGGCAGCAGGAAGCCCCAUUAAGUACUUAACCCGAGGUACCACUGUAUAUAAAUUCAAUAAAUAAUAAUAAUUCGUUUCCCAUAGUUCCUCUUGCUCUCCCACCCCCACCCUGAGUUGUUUUUAAGUGUGACCCACUUCUCUCUCUCUGCCCCCCUCGGACAGGAUGAGGCCUUUGCCCUGUGGAUCGAGCAGUGGGCCAAGCUGUACGAAGAGGAGUCCCCCUCUCGCAUGAUCCUCCAGUACAUGCACGACAACUAUUACCUGGUCAACUUGGUGGACAACGACUUCCCCCUGGACAGCUGCCUCUGGCAGGUCUUGGAAGACAUGCACACGCUCUUGAACUGUCCGGCAGAACCGUGAACGGGAGAAAAGGCACGCAACCUCCCAGAUUUGGCUGGCAGCAUGGUCAAAAACCUUAGGGAUGCGAGGUUGGAACCACAGUGGCCCAGACACUCCUCUAGGGGGCGCCGUUGGCUGAAUUUUCCCCCCAUUGCCUUCAAAGCGGGAGGCCGGUUAAGACAGGCACAUCUCCCUUCUGAUCCAAAAGACUCUGAGGAUGUUUUCGAGCCCUUCUUGGGUUAUUACAAUCCCUUUCCCCCUUAUACUAAUGGCAGCUAGAAAUCCUUAUCCCCUCCACCCCAAAUCUCUGUCUGGCCCACCCCCCUUGUUUCUGGGUUGCACUCUAAAAAAGAAAGCUUUCAGCUGCUGCUUCAGUGCACACCCUCUGAUCGAUGGGACUGAUGGCUUCACAAGCCUCUAGUUCAGAACUGGAGUUGCAGAAAAUCAGGAUGAGCACAACCCCCUGCGACGCAACUGCCCUCCUCUGGGGAGCCGCAAUGUGUGGCCGGCUAUUUAUUUUGUUUUUAUUUUAUUAUAAAGGCGCAGGAUCGUGGUCUUCUUCCUGCGUCUUCUCGUUUUCUCUUGCAGGGGAGGGGGAAGUAUUUAAAAUGCUUGUAAAGGGAAGGAGAGAAGUGAAAUCGAAAUGAAAUAAAAUGUAGUUGAUGCCUA